AUGGCCGUCCCAGCCUAUCACGAAUCCCUCCCCUACAUCGACUCCGAACCAACCCCCCAAGCCCUCUCCGCUGCGCGUGCCCUCAUCUCCGCUGAACAACAAACCUUCUCCCCACCUCCCCCUUCAAAAGACCAAGACCAAGACCGCGAACCCUCCUUCUCUCCCGCCAUCACCGCCGAAUUCACCCGCCUCGCCUCCAAACAACCCUCCCAAGUCCUCGACCUCUCCCGCUACGAAGCCCAGGAAAUCCCCACUCAAUCAUCAUCAAAAGAUAUCGACGCGCUAAGAAACCCCCUAUCAAACGCCUUCGUCUCCUCCUCCUACCUAUCCUCCCGCGCCCAGAACCUCAAGCUCCUCGACGCCCACGGCCGCAACGCCUGGCUCCUCGCAAACUACCAUCUCGAGGACCAGCUACGCAGCCUCGAGCGCGACCUGGCCGACACCAAACGCGACAUUGAUCUCGUCAAUGCCGCGCGCGCGGCUCGCCAAAACGACGUCAAAGCUGAGAUGCAGGGACUGGAGCAGAACUGGCGCGCCGGCGUGGGCAGGGUUCUCGAGACGGAAAUCGCCGUCCAGGAGCUCAAGGAACAGAUUCGACAGGAGCUGAGAAACAACGCUAAUGCUGCUGGAAAUCCUACACAAUAA